AUGUCGUCGACUGCACAGUCUGAGGUACUCAAGAGCUCUGAGCCUCGGUCUAUCCCACCAUCCGCAGCCUCGAGUCGUCCGCAGCUGCUCGACCUCGACCUCGACGAGCUGUCACCACUCCCACCCGCACAUGGCCUCUCCAACAGCCGAACUGCAUCGCUCGAGCGUAUCCCUAGUCUGAAGCUCAACGGCACUCCUCGUGUAGUCAAGGCGCAUCCAGUAGCAGCCUCUCCCGCUUUCAGUGCGGCGCCUUCGUCCUUUCGUCUCGAGGGUUCGCCUCCAAGCUCACCGCAGGCCACGCAAAGUCCCGAGCUGCUAACACACGACAGCGUCUCAGAUCAGCGCAGCCUAGACAAGCAACAGCCUACCUUACACCUGGACACCUCCCUUGAUCACAAUCAGAAUGCACCACAGUCAGACCCGCCGUCGGUCCCUGCGCCGGCACCCUCGGCUCGCUAUGUCACUGUCUCGGCCAUCCUCUCGCGCUCCAACAUAUACUACGCUCCGGAAACGUCAGAACACUGGGACUUACUACGGUCUCCCACAGGCUUACCAGCCGAUGCCGACCUCUCACACAACACCACUGCGUGGCCGUCCACUUCAUCCGAACCUUUCAGCAGCAUGAGGAGGAGAAGAAGCCAGAGGAAGAGGCCCAGCAAUGGAAGCGCCAUUGAAGCGCUCGGAGCGCUACUUUUGCGGAAGGACAGCUCCGGUCGAGUUGCGAGCCUUUCCUUUGCCAAAGACGACGAUUUCAAGAAGGGAAAGGGUCGCUCGACCGACCCGCUCAAGCACAGCAUUCAGGCAUGGACCAGCUCACUCAGCUCACUCAGCAAGAAUGGUCUCCGCCUUCAGCUGCCGAAUGCGAAACAGACGCAGAAGCCUCCUUCGCACAACAAAGGCGCGACUAUCGCAGAGCGCAGGGCUCAAAUGUGGCAUCAGAUCUUGACUCGGCAAGGUGCUGUCGUGGAAGAUGGCCGCGAUGGCUUCUCAAAAGUUCGUAGCCGAAGAGGAGGCCUCAGCUUCGAAGUUGGUAAUCGCAGCCGUAAGCAGAUGCCAUCGACACUACUGCAGCUCGACGGAUACAAGCCGCAUGGCAAGAGAAAGGAUCACGACGGGGAAGAACAGGCUUCAAAAGAUCUUAGACUUGAUCACAUCGGAGAUGACGACAGUGGACCACUCGCCACCACCAGCGCAGACUUUGAUCGACCACCUGGCACAAUCAUGCUCAAAGCUGGCCGUCGUCCGAGGCUCACUCAACUCUCCAAGUCCGAAUUUGGUAUCGGCUCCGCAUAUCACGAUCAGAUGCUCCCUGAAGCUCCUCCCAGUCCAGUUGCAAUGCCCGGUGCUUGGCAAGGAGGAUCAUCAUGGCGAUCCAAGCCAGGUGACGGCUUCGAGGAAGGCGCGCUUUUGCUACCGCCACCUUUGCUCGACGACAACGGCAGCGACGCUUCCAGCUUCGAAGGCUUGCUCGGCGUGCGGCGCAUGCGCGAGCGUGAGAAGGCGCGGAAGCACGCCGAGAAGAUGGCUGCCCGCAACCGCCCAGCACACAAGGUCGGUCCACUGACCGCCCUCACCAACUUUGUCAAGGCCGCACAUGCCGCCGAGACUUCCGCUAAGCGAGCACGAGGAGAUGGGCGCUUCGGCCAGGCUCCUGCCUUCUUUCGAAGCUUCACUGAGCCACAACGACCGUCACGGGCAAGAUCUGACUCAUCUGUCAACUUGUCUGGCAUCGAUGACCCCAAAUUACCGACUGCAGCACCGAUCGGCAUUUCAAGCGGCAAACAACCGGGCACGCCAACAAUGAAUGGAGCAAGCAUGGCUCCGCCAGUCCUGCCGAGUAGCCUAGCCGCCGCUGCUGUCACGCCGUCGGCAAACGAUGCAGAGGCGCGCAAGAGUCCGGCAGUCACAUCUGUCAGCCCCUUCAUGUCUCCGGCGACACGCAGAGCGGCUCUGUCUCGGCGAGAAUCGCGAAACAACUCGAUCGAUACCGCGGGUCGCCAGCUUAACACCGUGUUCGAGUUCGAACCAUUGGACCCAAGCAAGAUUCCGGACGAUGAGCUGGCAUCGCCUGAUUUGCCACCUAUCUCGUCUCCUCUCCUGCAGCCUUCUUCGAGGAGCUCGAGCAAAACCAGCGCAUUCCGUGACUUUCCAACGGCGCCACGUCUGCUCCCGGUGCAGCUAUCUGUACCGCCAUCUCCAUUCACGCCACUAGCGAUCGAUCAUCGCGAACUUCGUAGCUCGAUCGGGUCGGGCCAUGCCGACUAUCUGUCAGCUCGCAACCUCCAUGCAGCGCCAAGGACACCUCAAUUGGUCGCAACCAUGCUGAGCUUGCCACCUUCGCCCUGGACGCCAUAUCAGGAUUCUGCAGCCAUGCACGCUGCACCGAUGGUCCAUCUUCACCUUAACACCAGCAGCUCGUCGCUCCGUCUUCCGCCUGGCACGCCGAGGCUCGUACCGACGCACAUUGAGAUCCUUCCAUCGCCUUACCCUACAUCUGCGUCCUCGCGUCGGGGCUCGCUCACAAAUGACAGCCCACAAGGUCUGCGUGCGACGAGCUUGACACGAUCGCCGCUGACGGGAGCAGUGACCGAUUUCACAUCCUUUGCAGCCUUGCGCGAGUCCCAGGCUGCGAACGUCGGUUCGAAGCCUGCAACCGAGACUCUGCAGUCGGCGGUCAAGCACGACGAAGGCGAGAUCGAUUCGCCGUCGGAGGAAGCCCAGUCGAGAGGUGCGCUCCGGCACACGCCCUCAUCGAUGCUCGUUGCGACACAGUCCACUCAAGAUGCUGGCAUAGGGGUACGCAGUGCCUCCUCCACGGACCCAAGAACACACUCUCCCGGCGAUGACGGCGCUUCACACGGCGAACAAGAAAGGUCGUCUGGAUCGCGCAGCCGCAGACCUUCUGCGAGUCACAUUCACGUAGACCCCUCCGGUCGUCAACGAUCGUUCGUGCUUUGGUUCCUCAUUGGUGAUCUAGGACUUCGAAGCACAGGGUCAAGCAGCGAUGACAAGCGUCCCGAAGCGGAUCACGGAGGUGUGAUUGCUCUACUGGUGCACGCCUUUGCUUUCUUCACCUUCGUAACGGCGCAUCUCGUCGACCUCGGCUAUUCAAUCUACGAGAGAGUGUCGCUGGUGCUCUGGUUCCUCCGCUGGAUGGUCUACAACCUUGCAGGCCGAACUGUCCUGGCUCAAUGCGCAAUCGAAGCGUACAGCUUCAUUCAGGCCGAAUGGGCUACUGUAGCUCUCGAAGACCACGAGGAGAAAGGAUCCAAAAAGAAGCCAGACCAACAGGGGGACAGGAAGCCCAGAGGUCUCACGCGUUUUCAGGUGCUGCGGGGCAUUCUUGAGCUCUACUGUCUACACAGCGUCACUCGAGAUCGAUACGUCGCGGAAGGAGCUGGUCUGACACGGCUGGAUGGAUGGAGGAGACCCUCGAACAAGGACGACAAGGGCAAAGCGCCCAAAGGGCGCGGUUCUGAUCGCUUGGACAUCGGGGCCCAGCGCGCAGCAUCGCGAGCGGCAUUCGACGAGGAAAGACUCAGCUGGUCUCAGCAACAAGGCCGGGAUGUCGGGCGCGAUCACGAAGACCUGGAUCCGAGCACGGCCACGAUCCUUGGCAAUGGCAACGGGUUACCUCACCACGCCCAAACGGGCGACGAGACGGAUGCCAAGAGCAACGGGUACGGCCCAGACGCGAUUGAGGCCGUCGGCGGCGGCGACAAUGACAACGAGGAAGAGGUAGAGGAAGAAGAGGACAGCAGUGACGACGAGAUGAUCGUCACCAACCGUGGUGACGAUAUCCUCGAAUUCGCAAAGACACCCCGUCUUGACGCCACUCGGCCAGGACAAGCAAGCAGCGGCUACUUUGGUCGCGCAUACGACUUCAUGACCUCGCCGCAAGUAGGCGCUUCCAAGCCCGAGCUGGUCAGUCGCGAUCUGCGACCUUUCAAGGAGACGAACCGCGAUCUCGUACGCACGAUCAAGUGGUGCGGUCGGCUGGCCAUCUCUGCGUACGGUCUGCACGUGCACAUCGUGGACCUGCCGCCAACCUUCACUCCUUCGGGCGACCGCUUCUCACGCCAGACGUUUGCUUAUCUCUCGCGCCUCAACGCAGAUGAUGUUCUGCAUGCCGACAUUCAAACGCUCGACGCCGAUGCCGACUACAGUCCCACAUUCUACAUUGUCCGAGACUAUGUACGGAAGGUCGUCUGCGUUGCAGUGCGCGGAACGCAGUCCUUCUCAGACAUCAUCGUGGACCUGGAGCUGCAGACGGAAGAGAUCGAGCUGCCUCAGGUCCAGCCGACACCCGGUGAGGAGUUUCGAUGUCAUGCUGGCAUUUGGCGCGCGGCCAAAGCCCUGGUGUCACCGCAAAGCAAGCUCUUCGCCACACUGCGCCAAGCUCUUGCGGAGAACGAGGGCUUUGGUGUCAUGUUCUGCGGCCAUUCACUCGGUGGCGCCAUCGCCAGUGCUGCCGUCUUGCUGCUUGCGGAGUACUUUAUCCCUGACGGGGGCGAGCCUGAUGCCGGCACCUGGGUCACCAACAUGUCUUCAGGACUUCCAGCUCGUCGGCCCAUCCGGGCAGUGAGCUUUGCAAGCCCUGUGACGAUGACUGCUGAUCUGGCUGCACGAGCUGCGCUCGGCUCCGUGCCACUCGUGACGACAGUGGUGUUGGGCAGCGACGUCAUCCCUCGGGUGGGGCAUGGUCAGGUGAGAGAGCUGCGUCGUGUGCUUGGCGCACUGUCCCGUGUUCGACGUCGCCAUGCGAUGGCCUCCUCAGACGGUCAGGACGAUGCGCGGGUCCACAUUCUUCGAAGCUACUGGGAUUGGCGAUCGAUCAGUAUGGCCGAGGACGUGGACGAAGUCAUGCUGCAUCGCAAGGAGCGUAUCGAGGAGCAGCUUUGGUCGUUGCGCCGCGAAGUGGAGAGCGAUCUUUAUGCCGCGAUCAAAGCACGACUGGAUGCAGGCACUUCAGCGGGCGCGCGCAUUCCGCCUUCGCCGUGGGUGGGACCCCAGCAGCGUGACCAAGCGCCGCUGCAUGCGCUGUCAGCUCGAAGGCAGGAGCUGGACACAGCCACGCUGCGCUCGGAAGCUGCACAGGGAGGACCCUUGAUCCCGCCGGGCCGCUGCAUCUGGAUCAACGACAAGCAGGUCUAUCACGUGGAGAGCCCGCUGGCAUUCUUCAGCUUACCAGAGCUGCGGAGUGACAUGUUUGCAGCCCACUUUCCCGCGGCUUAUGAAGAGGCCAUCCUCGAACUCAAGGUCUAG